ACUUUAUACACUUGCCACCUUCCUAAGCAAAGGAAAUUAUGCAACCGAACAAAUAUAAAAAAUAUAAAAAGGGCAGAAAAUUUGUUGAAUCUCAUCAUCUUUCAAGCGAAAUUUCUCGGGAUUCCUUUUCAGUCACAUCUCAAUCCACUUUCUGGCAAAGAAUUCAGUGUAAUUCCUCUGAAGUUGCGGAAAACACGAAUCCUAGAACAUCUGGAAUCCAUCAAGGGAGAGAAAAUCGUCUGCGGAUCGUGUCGAUUGAUUCAUAAAUGGCAUUCUACAGCUCCAACUACUAUGAGGCUGGUGAUCUUGGUGAGUAUAGUUUAACCCCUUAUGCUGAUAUUCAUGAUCAUCAUGCUUCUCUAGAUCAAGGACCAACAUCUUAUUAUUAUUCAAGCCAUGAGCCCCCCACCCAAAACUCGUAUUAUUAUUCUAGCCAUGAGCCCCCCACCCAAAACUUGUUUCAGUAUGAUCCAACUCCAUCUCAAUAUUAUUAUGCUUGUCAAAAUUCUUACACAAAACCUCUAUCCAUCAAUUACUACCCAAAUGUUUAUAACCCGAGUUAUGAUGCUGAAGCGACUCAGUUUAUGAUAUCUUAUUCCGUUUCAUCCAAGUCUAAUGAGCUUGAAUUUGAAGAGUAUGAUCCUACGCCUUAUGGUGGGGGAUUUGAUAUUGCUCAAACUUACGGAAAGCCCCUUUCGCCUUCACUUGAAACUUGUUAUCCUCGUUCUUCUGGGCCUGCUGCCCUAAGUCCCACCUCUUUAGAAGGUGUCACUGAUGGCUCUAUCGUGCCGUGGAGUGGUAAGCAAGAACCCUCUGAGCAAGCACCAAAACCCAUCAACGGAAGCCAACCGAUGCAGGCGGUUGAAGAAGAGAAGCAGCACCAAGAGAGGAUAGAAGAUCAGCCAAAUCAAGUUGAGGAAAGUGAAGAAGUUGUGCAGGGUAGUUAUGAACAUGAGCAGCAAGUGUAUAAUCAAGUUCCUAGUGGAUAUGGACUGGAGGCCAUGGAUAUUUGUGAGAGUUUGUUUGGGUAUUGGCCUUGCCUGGCUCGUGAUUUUAAGAGAGGCAAUGGAAAUGCUGAUUCUUGCUAUGAAUUUGGUAGUGGUCAAGGAAGAUAUAGGAAUCCAUGGAAAGGAACUGCAGAUUAUCUUUUCGGAAGCUCAAAUCCGUAUGGAGAAAUAAGGGAUGAAGGAAGCAACUAUUUACAAUAG